AUGUUCUCUUAUUUACGACCUCACCGGCGCAUUCCCUCGACCCCUUCAUCCCCGAUUCCAGAAGUGCCUAGUUUUGAACCGCCAGCACGUCCAGACCAUGGCCAUCCUCCACGACCUCAUGAUGCUAGAUUCGAAGAUGAAUCGUCGCCUGUUUCCUCUCCUCCCUUUUUACCUCCAGUCGCGCGAGUUUCGAGCGCGGGGUACGGAAAUACAUUUGAGAAUUUGAGUUUCAAUGGAAAAAUCACUACACAUAGCCAUGAUCCAAGAGGGCAGAACUGGGUGGAUGCGAAACUUAAUAAUGGACAAAAGGGAGGUCCGGAGUUUGGAAGCAGCCAGAAAUCGCCAUUAUAUACGAGCAAUCAAAAGUCUGAGUCUGCGGAAAAUGCAGGACCGGUGCCAACCAGAAAUGCUGGAUCUGACCACUCUAAAUCACAAUCCAAUGUCAUUUACGAUUCGAAUACGAAGAAGUUCUUUGGUCCGAUGGCUCCAGAACUAGAUAUUAAAUCAACUGGGAGACGACCUACGGGUGCUCGAAUUCCUUCUCCAACCCUCGAGGCGCCUCCCACACAAUCAUCUAAAGGAAGACUGAAGAUGCUAAAUCCCAUGGCUCUUCUGGCCCGGCGAAGAACUUCCCAGGCUAUAACUCAAUUAACACCGGAAUCACUUACGACAAACUUCAACUCGAGUGAUAAUUUUGAUCCUCGAAUUAAAGGCACAGUUGUCCACGACUUUAGUGUGCCAAGGGGACCACGACGGAACGUCUCCCACAAUGAUGUCAAUGCAGCGGAUGGGACGAGGUCGUUUCAAAGAAGUCCUUAUGCGGAUUCAGCAACAAGCGAUAAAGCAGGAAAUCACACACCGGUAUUCACGGAGAAUUUUGAAGAGGAGCAAUAUCCCGCUGCUGGUCCUCAUGUACGGAAAGCCAAUGACUUAUCUGAUCUCACCGCACCCAAGCCUAUGUAUGCGCGAGAAACUCAAAGGCCAGUUGAUCAAGGCACGGCGUCUAAAGGAAAUGAUGAGUUGCAAGCUGGAGAUCUAAAGAGGUUGAGUGCACAAAGGUUGUCCUCAGAUGCUGGACCUUCAGUACUACCAAAAGCCGAAACUCCUGGCCCAGUGGACUCGAAACAUGUAUCAAUUGACCCAGCAUCAACUCCGCCUAAAGCAUAUCCAUCGUCGAAAAACGGUGGUCGAGCACGAAAUGUAUCCGAUGUUUCGGCAAAGGAUAUUCCAAAGCAUAUGAAGAGUACAUCGUCGAGGUUCAGCUUCGAUAUGAUAGGAGCUGCCGAACAGGAACGCCUGCUUGAAGAUAGACAUCGUCAGAAGGCCUUGGCGAAGAAGAACAAUUUGGAUAGUAACGACGAUCAACAAAUUUAUGAUGAGGAUGACGACUUUAAUUAUGAUGACAUGAUGGAUGAUGAUGGAUUGGAGGAGAGAAUACCAGGUGUCAACGCGGAUUAUGACGAAGAGGAUGCUUUUGCCGGAUUCGAUGGUGGCUACGAGGAAGACAUACCAGGUAUCAACACUAGUACCUUGGAAGAGAUUGAAGAAGCAGAAGAGCAGCAAGAAAUGGAACAAACUGCUCCCGUUAAGAAUGAACCGCAACCAGGUCUGCUGGAUGGAAACUCCAUGAGUCCGUAUACUCCUGGAGCUGCGACGACACCUCGUGAUUCUAAUGGACAAGUUAUUGGCUUCGCUAUGACGAAGUACUCGCCUUGUCUUACGCCGGAUCCUCCUAGUUCUGUCUUCACACCAAUCUCUCCAGAUGAAAAUUUGUACCUUCCAGACAAGCAGCUGCCUGAAGGGAAAUCGAUUCCAGUAUCGAAAUUUCAGGGCCUUGGUAUAGUCACUGAGGUUCCACAUGAAUCACAAGAUGAUAUCAUCCAACAAGAAAGCUCCAAGUCAACAUCAUUCCCUUACAUCGCAGGACUUGAUGACGACGAUGACCUGUAUUUUGAUGAUGGCAUGAUUGGUUUAGAGGCGGAAGGUGAUGAGAAUAGAGAUGCCGGCGGUUUUGAUGAGUCUUUAUUUGAUAACAAUGAUACGGAUGAAUAUGGACGCCCAAUAAAAGAUCAAUUUAUGGCUGCACAAAUGCCUAAUGUCGUUCCGACUAGUGUUGCAGGGGCAAUUGAGGAAACCAAAGAAGACACUCUAUCACUGCUGUCGCCAACGGCUAAUCGUCCAGUUGGAGGUUUAGCACCACAACCAUCCUUCUCUGAAAAUAGAACCUCAGAUGCCGCUCCUAUUCAACUAAUAACUCAAUCCUUAACGCAAGAUAAGCUUGCUGCAUACCAAGCGUCCCUCGCAGCGGCUGCUUUCAGUGCAGCUGCCAAUGGCAAAUUUAGACGCGAUAGUACGCAAAGUUUAUUUCACAUUGACUCGGAUCGCGAAGAAAAUCAACCUGGUCUGGUUACCGAUUCUGGUCAUACUUCUUCCCAAUAUGACCAUCUAUCCCCAUCUUACGAUGAUGAUUUUGAUUAUGAUGAUGCAUUAGAGGAUGAUGAAUUCAUCGCUGCUGCUAAUGCAGAAGCGCUUGCAAACGACCAGGAUGGGUUUUAUGGCCAAGAAUUUGGGUUUUACUCACACCCUGCGGCUAGCUCUGCAGAGUAUGUAAAUGGCGGAUAUUUUGGUCCAAGGGGAAUGGAUGGGAUAAUAAGAAGUCAAAGCGGUAGAAUUGCGUCUCGAGAACCUAACCUUACACCUAUCACUGAGCGCUCGGAAUACUCCAAUCGGAAUUCUUUCAUGUCGAUCUCGCAUCUCCAUGCGCCGUCAGGUAGCUCCCCCAUGGUUAGUCCGGGAUUGGCACAGUUGAUGAUUGCGGAGAGUUAUGAGAAGGGUUCGGAUGUGAGCAUGGAAGCAUUGUUGAAGUUGAGAAGUCGUGCGUGGGGUGGAAGUCAAGCUAGUGUGAAAAGUAUGGGUAGUAAUGGAAAUGGAAAUGCUAGUCCGAAGAGUGUUGACGGGAGUGGUAGUCCUGUGGCUGCAGGACCGCUUGUACAAACACUUUGGAGUCGCAGGAAGAGUAGCGCAUUUGGUCUUGUGAAUGCAGAGAUGGAGAGCGGGAUUGGCGAUGUAGGGAAUUUGAAUAUCAACCAUUCGUCCCCCGAGUUAGAACAAGGGAAUACCGCAGCGAAAGAUGUAUCAUCAGGGAAUGAGCAUGAAGGGGACAUUGAAAAGGUUCGAAGACCAUCAUUUACAAAACAACAUAAAUCAACCACAAGCGUAGAGUCAAUUAGCUAUAUGAAAGAAGACGACCCGGUCAAAGGCGAACGAUGGGUCUUGGAAAGGAGGAGAACAGCAGAUAGUGGAGAGGUGGAAGUAUUAGGUAGGGAGGUUCUGAGUGGUGGUGCGAUUUAA